GGAUACGAGUCUGCGCACCCGCCGGACGACGAGCGCGAGGACGCCGAGCGGCGGCGGCGGCGGGAGUGCUGUCAGGCCGGGGAGGACAUGUCUCUGAGGGAGCGGUGCGAGGGGCGCGAGGGCUCCCCGCUGCACCAGGGCCUCACGCGCUCCCGCUCCUUCGGGGGCCUGCUCACCCACCGCCGCUCGGGCUCCGGCGCCGGGUCCCCGCAACAGGCGGCGGCCAGGGCGGGCUGGGCGGGCCAGGGCGUGCUGGGCCAGACGGGCUCGUCGCCCAGGGGACGUGCGCCGCGUGCUGGCGCUGCCGCCCCCACGUCAAGGUGCCCAAGUCUCCCCGGCCGGAGCGCGCCUCGCAGAUCAGCAGCAGCGUGGCGCACGGCCUCAAGGACUGCGUGAGCGUCACCAAGCAGGACCUCGAGGCGCUGCAUCAGGUGUCCCAGGAUGCACACCUGCACCAGCAGUCACAGGGGCGACUGUAUGAGGUGGAGAAGCAAAUCAAGGCUGCCGAGCGCUACCUCAAGAGAGUGGAGUACCACCUGAGCAAGCUGGAGGACCUGCAGGACCAGUACACCCUGCACCAGAAGCUGAGGGAUGGGGUACGGUCAAUGGCCUACGCAUAUGCUCUCUCCCCGGGGAAGGAGAAGGCGUCGGCGCUGAGCAAUGUGAGGUCCGGCUACAGGGAGUGCACUGAGACCCUGUGUGCCCUUGAGGUGAAGAUUGAACAGCUCAUCGGCACCCUCACCCUGGAGAUGAAAGGCAUCCAAGGGUUCGCUCGGCUGUGUCCGGGAGACGUGUUUGAGGUGACGCUCAAGCACGGCACACAGAAGUGGAAGUCCCGGGGGCGGGUGUGCAAGGACAACACUCAGACGUGGGACAAUCAGCGCACUGUCAUCAAGGGACUCAUUGGCGAGAUGCUGCUGAUCAAGGCGGUGGAGGUGCGGGUGCUGGGCAAGACAGUGGUGAUUGGCAACAAGGUGUGUGAGACCAAGGACCUAUUCUCCCCACACCCACAGCUCAUGACAGUCAACCUCAACCCCUCAGGCUCCCUCAAGCUCAACCUGGUCAUCACGUGGAAUCCUCUCGACGGAGUGAUAGAAGACGGACUGAUGAGGACGCCCAGCAUGUCCGCCACGUCUCCGGGCAACAAGAGGCGGCUGCCCGUCCUGCACCCUCUCAGCUCCUCGCCCCCCAACACUGUUGCUGGUGUUCCCUCUGGCAAGGACAGCAACUUGUCCCCAGAGUGUGAUCACGACAGCAGCUUUGGCAGCAUGUCCGCACGAAGCUCAACAGCUGACAGCGCCAGUCCCCUGUCUGAGUACCGGGGCCUUCUGUCCUCCCACGCCGCCCUGUCCACCCGCACCGAUAGCAACAGUCCCGUGUCAGACUACCAGGGCUUAUCCAGGAGAAGCGACAGCCAGGACUCAAUACUGUUUGACGGCCGGGACUCUGCCAGUCCUCAGUGUGAUAACACCGGUAACUUCACGCUGGUGCGCAAGAAGGAGAGUCGGGUGGAGCAGUGGGCCAGAUACUCUCAGUUCAGCAUCUCGCAAGGCUCCAACAUGGAUAUGAUGUCACGCUCCUUCUCCCACCUGUCGUCCUACUCCACUGGCCUGUCCCCCACCAUGUCCCAGUCCCUCUCACAGCAGCUGGACCUACUGGGCACCGAACCGGAGUCCUUCAAGUGGGGGGAGGGACACACCUGGGAUGAGACCAACCCCCCAAUGACCCUGAAGAAGGUUGUGAGUCGGCUGCGGACCUGCCUGGAGGACAUUCAGGGACAGUUCCCACAGCUGCACACGCUGGAGGAGGCAGUGCUAGACCUGGAUGACAUGUGCAGGACGUGCAGCAGUAGGAGGGGGAGCAGUGCCUCAGACAUCAGCCUCUUGGUUGAGUCAGCCUUAGAAUGCUUUGAUUUCCUCAGUGCAGAGUGUGAUGAUAUUGAUGAUGAUGAUCAUGAUGAUGAUGAUGAGUAUUAUCCUGAAAACUGCCGCAGCCGCCGGGACAGCAACACCUCAGAGAUCAGCCUCUCGGUGGAGUCUGCCCUUGAGUGUUUUGACUUCCUAAACGCUGUCUGUGAUGACGACUUUGAAGACGACCAUCCUGAUGCAUGCGAGGAGAAGAAGAACAAGGAGACAGCGGCACUGCUUGCAGCCUCCUGCCAGCCGGACACCAGCCAGCCUGUGGUCACCAGCAGCGCCCAGCUGGACCUCUUCCUCUACACACACCUCAGACAUGCCCUGCAGCUCCUACAGCACUUGGGUUCCUUUGGGCCGCUGAGGAGCCGUGAGCACCACUCCCUCAAGAAGUUGGAGGAGGAGGGGCGGCUGGUGGCAGGUGUGCUGGCUCACCGACACAACUUUGACAGCCUCAAGCCGCAGCACCUCAUUACAGUCCCUCACGUGCAGGUGUUGUGGGACUCUGUGGCGGGUGGUGAUGACUGGUGUGUGACGGGCCAGGCAGUGGUGAGCGGCCUGCUGCAGGUGGUGUCGUCACUGGUGGACCCCACAGUGCCCGGCCUGGCCAGGAGAGUGCUGGAGGAGAUGGUGUGCACCAUGACGGACACGGAGGAGUUUGAGGGGAAGGCGCUGGUGACGGUUGGCCACUUCCUGCACCACCUGCACCGCCCGCUGGAGCAGACCGUCCCCAUCAUUGGCCACAGCCUCACCACCGCUGAGUUGCUGCUCUCCGGCAACCCCAAGAAAGUGGAGACAGGGCUGCACCAGAUCAAGGAGCCCACAACCCUGCACAUCAAGAUCAUCGGCCACCUGCUGGCGGGCCCCUCAGAGCUGCGGCACGUCACCACCAGCUUUGUCAACAGCCUGGCCCACAACAACCAGCUCAUGCAGAUUGUGGAGCUGUGCCUGCUUCUGCUGGAGUCCAGCCGCACCAGCAACAGGGAGGCAGCCUGUGUGCUGCUGGGGGUGCUGGCGCCAGUGGUGCCAGAGAACACAGACAGGAAGGGGGAGGGCAAGAAAGCGGGUAAAAGCUCAAACAAGACCAAGAAACAUUCCCCGGCCCAGCAGAAGGAAGUGCCGGAGUGGCCCAGGCCCAUCGAGGUGCUGUCCUUCCUGCAGCAGAAUGACCCGUCAGGGGAGGUGCGGGAGGCUGCCAGACAGGCCCUGCUGAGCCUGGGUGCCGAGGGCCAGUCGGCGUUGCAGCAGGUGCAGCUCUCCUCUCAUGGCUUCCAAGGCAUCGACAUGAAGGAGAAGGCCAAGGUGGCAGGCAAGGAGGGGUAGGCAGCCUCUCGGCCCCCAGGUGUGCAAUGGACGGCUGCAUCAACUCACCAGGAAGGAGUGGGCAGGCGUUACCGGUGGCUGUGUGAAGGAGAGGGCCAAGGUGAUGGGCAGGGAGGGACAAGAGGCUCUUGACCCACAGUUGUGCAGUGGACAGCUGCAUUCACUCAUCAGGAAGGAGUGGGCAGGUGUGCAGCAGUGGGUGUGUGUGGUGUAGGUGGAAGGGUUGUGUUGGACUCAAGUCAAUCCAUGCCAUUAGCAGAUACUGUGCUGCUGACCAACGCCAGGAGCAGACCUCCGCCUCUCUCUUGUGCCCAGUCUGGGAGGAGAGAGAGAGAGAGAGAGAGAGAGAGAGAGAGAGAGAGAGAGAGAGAGAGAGAGAGAGAGAGAGAGAGAGAGAGAGAGAGAGAGAGAGAGAGAGAGACCUUGGUGGACAUGCAAAGAGUGAAUGUUGUCUUGUCAAUAAUAUUUUAACUCAUUCCUAUUUUCAGUCUUACUUACCUCUGUUCCAUUUAUAGCAAGCCUUUAAUAUUCUCAAUGUCAUAAGGUUCCUAGGGCAGAUCCUUGGUAAACUGUAGACUGUUGUAGCCAGACACCACCACCACCACCACCACCACCACCACCACCACCACCUCCACCUCCACCUCCUCCACUCCCCUAAUACUUAUUUCAGGAAUUUAAGACUCAUUGUCUCCCAAACCCAACCCAACCCACCCAAAACACCUCCAGCAGAUCAUUAUUAAUUUAAGUAGUUCCUUUGCAUUGUAAUGCUCUGUAAUGCCAGUACAGUACAGUACAGUACAUACAUCAGAUCUGAAAAAAAAAAUUUAUGUGUAUCUGCUAAAAAUGAAAUGAGCAAAGAACAAUUAAUUUAUGUCUAAUUAAGGAAAACUGAGCCUGAUUACUGAGACCCACCCAGCUUGUGAGGACUGGCUGUGUGUGUCUGGCGCGCUGCAUGGCACGGCAGGAGGCUGAGAGAGAGAGGACAAGAAAAGCUGCAGGGUACUCAAACCUCUUACAUCUGCAAAAAAAAAAGAGAAAAAAAGGGAAAAAAAAUUACCCUCUACACUUCUUUUCUCUUUCUAUAUAGGGGAAUAUACUCCAGAAUAUGAGUUGUAUGUUAUAAAGGUCCUUGGAAUCUUGGUGGUGUGUUAAGGUGUGGUAAUGCUCCAGAGUGUGCCAGAGUGUGUCCCAGGGUGUGUGAGGUCAGCCGGACACACACAGGAGGUCGUCAACGCUUGCUCAACACCCCAGACUGAACCUGUGACCUGUGGCUCGCACGCAACUCAUCUCCACUCGCUCAGUGUUCUAACGACGUGACGUAUAGAUACUCUCUCUCUCUCUUCAUGCCAUUUUUGUAUUCUUGCAUGUGCGGAUCUUGUUACAGUAUAUUUUUAUCCACUUCUUAUCUGUCUGUGUUAUAUACAUGUAUAAUUUCCACACUUAUCUAGUCCUGUAAAAUAUGUGAAGAAAAUUUUUAUUUGAUAUUUUUAACCUUUUGUAUAAAUUCUUUUCUUUCUCUCUUGAAUCUCUCUUUCCCAUUGGCAGAUUUUGAUAUAUAUUGUUCAUAUUAGCUAAUUAUAUAUAUGAGGAAAUUCUAGCCUGACAAAAAACAGUGAAGCUUUGAUAUGAACCCUGCGUGUCUUGCCCAGAGAGGUGCCAGACUUUUCUGUUAUUUCAUUGCUUACUAUGAUGUCCAUAGUUACGUAUAUGCUACUACAGAAAUAGACCUUCCUUCUUUCCUUCUUUCCUUCCUUCCUUUCUUCCUUGUCCCCCCUUGUACAUAGUGUAUGUUGAAAAUGUUGUUAACCUGUAUAUUUCUCUCCCUUAAUGUGUGGACAUAUUGUACACAGUCACAUUAUCUCCUAAAGUAAAGAAAUCCUAAAGUUACAAA